GUAUGGCUCGUCUGUAGCGGCUCAGAGGGGGAGAAAGAGCCGCCGAGGAGGGCAGAAACACAAGAGAGGGGCAAGUCUUUCUACGACAGCACCGCGGCUCGGGAACAAACCAACUGAGUCGAGUCGGCUGGCAUGGAGCUGAGCGUUGUCGUUCUGAGCCGUUUCGCGCCGUCCGCCUAACGUUCAAACCGGGGCAUCUCGCGCACAGUUUGCCGUCGGUCCCGGGGGUGUUUGUGGAGCCCGUGUGAAUCCGUUGCUAGCAGCGCUCGAAUGCUAGCUAGCUCCGCCGCUAAUCAGCUAGCCCACACUGCGAGUCGAUUGUGUCGGAGAUCGCGGAAUCAAGCGUUAAAGCCGUCGCGCUCCUCCGCCGCUCUCGGGACUCGUCUUGCCCGUUGAGUUUUUGCGUUUUCCUAAGCGACGGGACGCUAAAAAGCGAAGGCUGGGGUUUCCUUUUCGAUUUAUUUCCAGCAAAGAGUUUUCCUCUCUCUAUUAGCUUGUUAGCUGCUCCGGUUGGUUUAGUCCAUCUUGUUAGUAGCGCCUGAGAUUUCUACUGUAACGUUAUUAUCUGUCAGAUCGGUCGCGUUAUUUGUGGACAUGAAUGAUUUUUACUGCUGACCGUGAUUAGAGAAGCGAUACUUUGAGAUGCCGCGCGUGGGAUACUUUAUGUUUCCAGGGACGCUUUUAUUUUCUUGUUAGACUGUUUAUGCGAGUGCUGGUGUAAAGGGGUUCGCUUUAGAUAAUACAGGAAUCACAACUUUGUUUUUGUUUUUAAUUUCCUCUCCAUGCAAGCCGGUGAUCCACCUCUGUCCAUCCACCGCGCAUCGUUUUGAUGUGGUUAAAGCCCACAUUUGAGUCGCACUCUCAUUGUUUUCUCGUCUGAUCGCGGUUCGUUCGGCUGCACUCUUGUAUUGACGCCGUCGGUGGUUCAUGGUCUCGGAGACGGGGCGCUGAGACACGCUUUCAUCGGUUUGCGGCGGGGACAGAAGCGAGGUAUUAUGGAUGAACAGACACGGAUGCUGGCCGGCCUGGGCGCACUCGGCGGACUCUCUCAAGCCGACGUGGGUGACCCCGAUUCGGUUCGGAAGCAGCAGUCCCUCGGCCAGCCGCAGCAGGACAUCGGGGAUAUCCUCCAGCAGAUCAUGGCCAUCACCGACGAGAGCCUCGACGAAGCCCAGGCGAGAUGCUGGCCAGAGGAGGCACCGGCGCAGUGGACCCCACAGAGGGAGGGGGAGCUGGGGGGGAGCACAGCAGGGUGUGCCCUGCCGCUCAACUUCCAGCACAGAAAACACGCACUGAACUGCCACAGGAUGAAGCCGGCUCUGUUCAGCGUUUUAUGCGAGAUCAAAGAAAAAACUGUGCUGAGCAUCAGAGGCGUACAGGAGGAGGACCCUCCAGAUCCCCAGAUCAUGCGUCUGGAUAACAUGCUGCUGGCCGAGGGAGUGUCUGGGCCCGAGAAGGGCGGCGGGUCAGCGGCGGCGGCCGCAGCAGCAGCAGCGGCUGGAGGAUCACCGAACGACGGCAGCAUCGAGCACUCGGACUACAGAGCCAAACUCACACAGAUCCGCCAGAUCUACCACUCCGAACUAGAGAAAUACGAGCAGGCUUGCAGUGAGUUCACCAAUCACGUGAUGAACCUGCUUAGGGAACAGUCCCGCACACGGCCCAUCUCGCCCAAAGAGAUCGAGCGCAUGGUGGCCAUCAUCCACCGCAAGUUCAGCUCCAUCCAGAUGCAGCUCAAGCAGAGCACCUGUGAGGCCGUCAUGAUCCUGCGCUCUCGCUUCCUCGAUGCCAGACGUAAGAGACGCAACUUCAACAAGCAAGCCACAGAGGUGCUGAACGAGUACUUCUACUCUCACCUCUCCAACCCUUACCCCAGCGAGGAAGCCAAGGAAGAGCUGGCCAAGAAAUGUGGGAUCACCGUUUCUCAGGUCUCGAAUUGGUUUGGCAACAAGAGAAUUCGUUACAAGAAGAACAUUGGUAAGUUCCAGGAGGAAGCAAACCUGUACGCCGUUAAAACAGCCGUGGACGCUGCCAAUGUGUCGGCACAGGCCAGCCAGGCAAACUCUCCAGCAACACCCAACUCAGGUGGAUAUCCUGCACCGUGCUACACACCUGACGGCAGGCUAUGAAGAUCUGUCAGGAAGCCCUCUUUACACCCCACACCGUCUAGAUGCUAACAACAGCUGGCAAGACAACACCAACCCUCCCUCCAUCACCUCUCCACCAGGACCACCUGGCAGCAUCCACUCGGACACCUCCAGCUAAUGUAGACACACACACACACACACACACACACAGCAUCCAGUCUCGCCCGCUCUCUCCUGCUGCUCACAGCUUUCGUCCAUCACUAGAUGUCAAAGGUCUUCCAUUGUCUUCAUUCCACUUUCUUUAAGGUGUGCCAGGGUUCACACUCUGAACCAGACUAUCUGAAACACACACACUCACACAUGCUCCCCGAGCAGAAGACACAGAACGUCACAUUUGCUGAGCAUGGAUCUGAAUAAACAUGUCGUCCUCAAAGGGUGCAAGGUCUACGCCCAACUCCACAUUACCUUUCCUGUUUCGACCUGUCAUGAAGGGGAUUACUCAACAGCUCCCUCCUCGCUUGUACCAAAGUGCUGUCAACCGUUGUUGCACCUUCCGCUCGUCGAAGAACAACCUCAGACAACUGCACCAUGAAAACGCUUGCUUUUUAAUACGGUUUCUAAUCACUGCUUCCAGCUCUCUCACAAAACGAUCUGUCCUGCAACGCUUUAAGCACAAAUCCUGUCUAUUACACUUUGAGCUGCUGGUUGGAUGGAGAGGAAUCCAUCAGCGUAAAGGUACGCCACACAUUUGAACACUUUAACUAGCUGAACGCAGGAGAGUUCGGUGUGAAACGGGGGAAACUUGGAAUGAAGAUGACGUGCCGUCAGCUACUAAGCAUUUCCUCAGUCCACUCUCUCAACAGUUGACGUUGUUUUUAAUCGUUUAGCUACAGUAUUUUUCCUGCAGCUUUUUUCCCCCCACAAAGAUGCACCAGCCGCCAAAUAAAAGACUCGACAAGAACUCAACCUUGUGUUCGGAAAUGGGUUGGACGGAUAGCUGGAGUAUUCGUUUGGAUUGGGACAUGGGUGGGUAUUUAGAAAUAUUUUUAAAGGGAAAGAAAAAGUAUUCCACUGUCUUCCAUGCAUGUAGGGUGUCGAGAUGUUUUAGUGAUUCCAUUUAGCCGAACUUUUUCUUUUUUCCAACAAACAAAAUAAAUAAAAGUUAUGUAAGGAGAGGGCGUGAAGAACAGACCAAAUAAACAAAUGAACUGCCCGAUCCAGUGCUUCAUGCUGGUGUUUGGUUUCUCUAGGAUUUCUGUGGUAUUUCAUCGCAUGUUUUCAUAACAGGCAUUUGUAAAACAUGCCAACCAUGAGGCCAUCGCAGGAAACCAAUAACUCCGACUGCGAAAAGCGUUCCAGAUACCAUGAAGUUCUUUUGGCUGGCUCAUGUUAAUGUAUUGUGUGUACAGGUGUCUGUUUUUAAGGGUUGGGUUGUCUCGUCACUCACUCGUGCUUUUGAACUGAUUGUAUUGUACGUGCAAUUGAAAGCACCUGUUCCUUGGUAAAGCAUGCUGUCGUCUUUUUAUUUCUUUCUUCUUUCUUUAAUUGUUGUUGCCUACAAUUUCACUAAACAAAGGAACUCUGUUGUUUUGUAAUCAGUUAACAUAGCCAAGCAACAAGGGCUUUUAUCCUUUCAAAUUGAACCAAAAAUAAGCACUGGAUGUGUUGUGAUUUGAAACAGAUGGACUAAAGCGAGUAGAGGAACAUCAAAUGAAUUUAUAUUUACUUUUCCCAGACAAGCUGUUUGUAUUCCCGGAACUUGUUUUUAUGUUUUGCUCUUCUUUUCUUCCCCCCAAGUUUUCCUUUAGUCGCGGAAGCACCAGGACGUUUUGAUAUAUGAAUGGAAAUUCUAUAUAUUACACACAGGACUUAAUAACACUGAAAUGUAAAUUGGGGUUUUGUUUAUAUGUACACAUGGAAAAACAAACUCUGAGGAGCUUUUCAAGCUAUUAUUGUGUCCUCUGUAGAUUACUGUUAGUUAAAAACAUUUCACAUGGAUAUCUCCCAACUAAUGCUAUCACUACACCAAAUGUCCUUGUUUUCUUUUCUAUCAGUCAUCUAUGGAUGUCACUGUACAGAUUGUGGAAUGUUUCAGUGUAUUUUCUCUUUUUGUAUGCUUUUACUUUAGUUUUUUUAUUGCUGGGGUUUUCGGAUUCGCUAACGAGCAAGAGUAAUAUUUGUUAGUCUUUGUAAUACUCAUUUUUAGCAUUUCAGUUACAUUUUCUUUGGAUCGGGAGUCUCGAGUGUUAUUUUUUUUUUGUGUGUGGUUUUGUCAAAGCUGGUAGCGUUUGUGUGAGGUGCUGUGAAAAUCCACUCCGUUGAUCGUCACACUACUAAAUUGAUGGAAUAAAACGCCUCAUUGGACUAAAUGCGUUAAGCUACGAACACUACAUCUCAUUGGGAGAUUUGGAGUGCCUAAAAAUGUCUUUUUCCCAAAAGUGCAUCCAUAGAAUGUGUUUGGGAACUCGGGAUUAUGAUCUGAGGUGGAUUCCACUGCACCUUAUCAAAUGACAUCAGCUUUUUUUCUCGAUUUUUAUCAUUAUUUUACUAGAAUUGUAGUACACGCUUCCUUCUGUAUUUACCAUUCUCUCCCUCCUCUCUACCUCUCCUCUCUCCAUUUCACUUGUAUAUAAACCCCACCAUUUUCAGACUUGGUAGUCUGUAUAAACUCCUUUUAUACCUCAACUUUAGAACUGUUCUAGUGAGAGAGAAAAAAGAAAUAUGAGAAAAUUGUAGUGUUCCUUAUUAGAAAAACAAAAACUAAUAAAAUAAUCUAGUGUGCUUUUGA